AUGACCUCAGUUCCCCAUCUGGACCGGAAGCGGUCCAUAGAGUGGGAAUUGGCACAGAGAACUGGCAACAGCGCGGGAUACUACCGCAAAUUGCGCCAUGUGCGCACUGUGGUGGUGAAAAACGUGAGGGUCUUGUCCGAACCUUCGAAGAGGGAGUCGAGAUUGUUCAAGAUGAAGACCAAGUCGUCGGUCAACAUUGGCGGCGCUGGCGCGUCGCAAUCGAACGAGAUCCGCACAAUGACCCAGGUGGGCGAUCUGAUCGAACCGUCGCGAAAUACAGACCACGCAAAGAACACCAGACUGCUAAGAACAAUUGAUCCAGUCGAACGUCAGCUCCAGCUCCAGAACUUCAACCGGUGCACGUUUCUAGACUGUUUCUUCACCAUGAAUCACUUUCUCGAUACAACGAGUCCGUUCUACAUCAGUCGAGUAUUCGACAAUUCAGUCGACAUGUGCGAAGAUCUCCACCUUUCAGGACUCAACCUCAAAUCUUUCACCAUCAACGUCUACGUUAAAGUCGACGGCCAAUGGAAGUUUCUAGUGCAACACAACGUCAAACUGUCGUUUCUUGUCAACCUCGGCAACGACCUGGACGUGAUCGAGUCCAAUCUCAAACACCACCCAAACCUGUUACUUCUGCGUAUGAACGACGAUAACUACUACAUCCAAUCGAGUUCGGACAUUCCCACCGACACAAUCGCCAAACUAAAGGCCAUCGCGGCGCGCAAACUGGAAAUGUCACAUCUUCACGAACAACCCACCUGCUCUUUUGACCAGAUCAUGAAACUCAACAACCUCACCAUCUGCAUCGUGGAUUUGCUUUCCUCGAAAAAAGCCCUGAUGGAAAAAAUCGAGGCCGCUAUUGACGAAUCGCUUGUUGUUCAGCCCAGCACCAUGGUUUCGGACUGUCUCUCCAUGCUCCUUGACUCUCAGAACCUCACCACUAAGAUGCUCGGACAGCAGAUCUCUCGUUUGAAGGAAAUCAAAUCAAUCAAACAGCAACACAUCAACCAAUUUUCCGCUAAUAAACACCAAAGAGAAGACUUUGUGCACUAUACAGUCCAGCUGGAAUCGACGUCGGUCGAAACAGCCAAGGAAAAAUCGCGAAUCGCAAAUACUCUUCUGCGCAUCUUCCCCAUCGAUUCCAAUUCCAAGCUCGAGUUCUCCCUUCUGGGCUAUCAUAUGCCGCACAGUUUUAAUUUCCUCAAAAUGAUGAGGUCGGAUAUCGAGAGAUUCAACGCGCUGCUCGGGAUCGUGGUGCUGCUGGUCUCCAAGCUGUCGCAGUACCUCAAAGUUCCGUUACGGUAUCCUCUGAAAUUCUUUGGGUCCAACUCGUACAUCACGGAUCCGGUCUCCAAGAUGCAAACCAAGUUGCGCAUCUACCCGCUAUUUAUUGUACAGAACAGCAACCUGGCCAUUCGGUUCGAGUUUGGCCUGUCGUUGCUGCUAAAGAACCUGCAACAGCUGUUUGAAUCCGAAAACCUCACCAAACUGGACGACCACGAUCUGCUGGCCAAUCUGAAAGUCCUGCUCACCUGCAUCUCCUCAGACGAGGAGACGCGCAUUAACUCCGGCGUGGUGUCCAAAGACCGUCUCAACGCGAUCAAGCAGAACUUACUGAAAAAACCAAAUGGAGAACAAUUAAAUUGA